GGUGGGGGAAGCUGGGAUGUGCUGCUCCUCAGCGGGGAGGCUGCAGGUCUCCUGUGCCUGCAAGGGAAAUGACGUUGCCUUGGUGAUGCCAUGAUUUGCGCCCUGCCAAUUGGGCCGAGAUCAUGGCAGAUAUUAGCUCAUCGGACGAACAUCAUGUGACUUCAGCAUCAAAAGACCCUCCAGUCAACACAUCUGGCACGAGGACGCAAGAAGAUGAGCUUUCAGAUACUACCCUGCACAACCCAAGCUGGCCUCCGAACACGAAGAACCCUCACACCACAAGUAGCAUUCUGUGUGUCCCCGAUGAAGCCAUCCGAAGGAUUUCCACCACUACCAAGAGCAACAGCCUUGAACCCUCAACCACGAGGUAUUUAACCACAGAAGCUCAAUCGAGACUUGAGAGGCAGCCGUCGCAGGACGAGGAGCUGCUGGGCACCAAUGAGAACGAGCUGGUGAUGCAAAUGACGAUAUCAGAGUAUGAGCUGUUCCCGGGACUGGGAGAUAGCUUUUCUCAGGAGGGACCAGGGAGCGGGCUGCGACAUUCCUUCGAAGAGCAACUUGCCGCUUACAGGGCUCCCCAAAAUAAGAUAGCAUCCCACCAGGAAUUGCCAGAGGAGGAAGAGGAGGAAUGGAAGGAAACAUCAGCAGAAAAUUUACCGGAAGAGAAAGGCUCACAGGAAUAUGUUCUGGCGUCUUCACCUCCACCAGCCCCCAUGCUACCACCGCCACCAGCAGAAGGGGAGUGGGUGACCCCUCUUACAGCCCCAGAGAGGGAAUGGGUGCCCCCUCCGACACCCCCGCAGAGGGGGCGAAUGUCUCCCCCAGUGCCAUCCCUGGAGAGCGAGUGGGUGAUUUUUGAGAGGACAUUUAUAGAGAGGGAUAGGGUGACCCCGCUGACUCCGCCAACAGAGAGGGGGUCGCUUGUUUCUCUGCCGCCAUCCCCUCAAGUGUUGCCUGUCGUUCCACAGCCACGGGAGGAGGAACCUCAGCUAGCAGCCCCCACGGAAACAGCCGCCAUGCACCAGCCGCCGCUGCCAGGCCCUGAUCCGCAACCGGAGAAAGCGAGGACCCCCCCUCGGCAGGCGUCAGAGGAAGAGCCGCUUAUCCCCUGGGCUUCAGCCUCAAAUGCGUUUUCGGUUUUCCAGGCGGUGGAAAAGCCUGAAGCAGCCGCAGAGAAAGUCUCUAAGGAAACAUCGCUAAGGAACUACGAACCUCCCAUGGCCUCCCGCUCAGGAAAGGAGAUUGUGACCCAAACAGAAACUAAGGCCUUGCCUGCAAGGGUGGAGCCAGCCCCUUCAGACAUGACGCGCUUCAAGCCCAAAGCGGCCACGCUCACCCAGAGGGGAAAAGACAAGACGUUUCACGACGCCAUGGAAGACAUCGCCUCCGAGAUUAAGGAUGCCAGCACUUCCUCCAUGGCAAAUAGCAUCAACUCGUUUGUGGACUCUCCGAUUGGGAAGGUCUUUGCAAACACCAUCGACCGAGCCCUGGAGAAGUCUGAGGAGUGGCUGAAUUAUUAUCUUCCUCUACCAGACACCAGCGCCGCUGACGCUGGCGGGAAGAAAGAAGAGCGUGACACGUCAAAAGACGACCUCUGCAAGGAGGGCUGCUUCAUGAGGAUCAACUUCCUUUCCACCCAGCUGAGAAACCGGGUCUUCAGGUUUGUGCUGCACCGGCUGAAAGCGACUCGCAAAAACACCAACGAACAGCUCUCGCGGCUCGAUCAGGUGUUGAACAUGCUAGAUCACUCCCUGAGCCCGGGCCCUUCCAGCUUCCAAAAGGUCUCUGAAAGCUUGUCAAACAUUUUGCCGCAGUGGAAUACAAAGAUGGAGGCCCCGUCCCAGAAGCCCAGCGUCCUCCAGAAGUCUCUCUCAUUAAUGCCUGAGCAACUGGAGAUGAAAGCUUUGACCAUGAGCCGGGUCCUGGCCGACGAGUUGUACACAACCUACCGCAACCUCCUGCCACACGUCGCUGAGCUACCCGCUCACCUCCAGGAAAAAGUGGCUCAGGUCUACCAGAGCAUGGAAGAGCUCCACUCUCAUUUGUCCUCCGUCGCCUCCCUCAGGGAUCUGCCAACCUACCUGAUCCUACAGAGCCGAGAGAGAAUCUCCAUCGCUCGGGAGAACCUGGACGAACUGCUAGAUUUCAUGGCCCAAAGCCAGCCAGGUCAGUGGCUGUCUCAACCUAGCACUUCCAGGACAGGGGUUGGACUGCCGUCGGCUGGGGUGCGGCCUCCGAUAACGGGGAACGCUGAAAGCAGAGGGGAAGAAGAAGGGUCCACAUCCUGGCAACGUUCGCCUCCUCAUCCGUCGCCUUCGUAUCCAAAAGAUUCCCAGCUCUAAAACCAGAUAGAGAGCAACCCUCCGUGGAACGGAAGCUUUGGGUUACUACAGCUCCGGUUUUGUGCAACCCAGGAACCUUAAACCCAUGGAAGCCAACUUUGCCAUCGCAAUCCUCUGCUUGUGAUUCAGGCAACUGAUCCCAUUGCAAUUAAAGGUCUCUCUGAAACAA